AUGACGGAGUUCAAUAUUCCAUGGGGGACCAUCCAAUCCCUCAGCCUCAUAAUCGCCCCAAUCCUUCUCCCUCGAAUAAUAAACUUCAUCCGUUAUGUGCGUGUCGCGAUCAUGCAGCGGCCAGCUCCGCGCCCCUUACCACCGGGCGCUACGCGCGCACUGAACGUCCUCUUCUUCUCGAUCCUCCUCUUCCUCUUCCUCAGUUUCCCCUCGAACCCGUUCUCGCCGGGCCCAAGUAUCUUCACCCUGACACGGUCGCGGAUCACUACCUCACUCGAGACGAUAUUCACUCGACUCGCCAGACAGAGACCGCUAACGGAGGCGGACGAGUUGCUCCGCACGAAGCUGAUCUCCAAGGAUGCGCGCCGGAUCUACCUCCGCUUUGGCGCGAAAGCACUGACUCAGUGCCAGUUCUGCAAGCUGGAUAACCCGAAUACGUAUGCGCUCUUCUACUACCCGGUGAACUCGCUCGUCCCGCAUCUACUACACAUGGCCGUCGUAGGCGUCGCGACGUCGGCAAGUUUCGCGGGCCGUGAGGCAGCGCGCUGGAGGACGAAGUUUACAAUUGCGGGGCUUCUGCUUGCGGCGGUGGAUCUCUACGUUGUGUUUAUGUAUGACCCUGUCAAGGGCGGGACUGAGGCCGUACGGGACGGUGUUGAUGUGCCGCGGGCGGUGUUUGCGACUAUGGCUGUUGUGCGGCCGCUGGUGUUGCUGUGUUUUGAUGUGGUGCUCGCGUUCUUCAUUUACGUUUCUGCUACGAAUCGAUGGUUUUUUACGCCGCCGUCGCAGGCGGAGGAGGUGGAGAGGGUGGUGUCGGCUUCGCUUGCGGCGCUUACCGGGGCGAGCUCGAAGUUGCAUGCUGUGAGUGUGACGAGGAAUGCGGUGGUGAGGGAUCGGGUCUUGAAGGAUCGGGACGAUGCGUAUUGGCGAACGGUGGUUGCGCUGGAUGGGGAGGGGGCGUCGAAGGCGCCGGCGGGGGUGUGGGAAGAGGAGGAGGUUGUCAGGGCCAUGUCCAAGGCGAUGGCGGGCGGGGGAGGAAUCGACCUCGCGAAGCUAGGCGUCAGUGCGGCGGAGUAUGUGAAUGCGGCCACGGCGGGGUUGGACAAUGGCCGGGUGCAGGGCGGUUCAUAA